AUUCUUCUGUUCCCAUCAACCUCCAGUUUCCAGCUGCUGCAAGUAGCUGGUUUUGUUGCUCCAGUAAUGAAAAUGGUCUAUAGAAUAUUAACUGAAUUUGUUUAAAUGAGAAGAAAGUUUUUCUUUAAAAUUACAUUGAGCAGAGGACACAUUUUCUUUCAGGGUUACAUUGUUGUCUUUAGUAAAAGUCUUCUCAUUGUUUCUUUUCUCUUGUCUUUCUUUGCAUAUUUGCUGUUGAGAUAAUCCAAAGUAACAGAAAGUGAAGAAGUUACAUUACUUUAAUGAUACUCGGAUUAGGUUUCUGACUACAUUGACAGGCAAUUAAUAGUAAUUAGUAGCAAUAAUAGUAAACCCUCACAACCCUCACCACGUCAACUUUGACCUGAAUGCUAAUGACAGCAUGCUAAUGUGCUCAUAAUGACAAUACAUGUUGAUGUUUAGCAGGUAACAUUUACCAUCUUCACCAUCUUAACAUUUGCUACUCAGCACCGGUGGUGGAUGUGGGGUGAACUUAGGUGUUCAGGGAGAAAUUGUUCAUAGCUGUAUUAAAAGGUUUCUAAAGUUUGUUUAUGAAACAAAUAUAAUUUAUUGCACUUGAACGCACCGACAGCAACAGAUAUUACAGACAAUAGGUGCAGAGAAAACCCCUGUUUGCUGGCAGUCUUCCCAUCUGCCUCUCCUUCCUCUUACAGGUCCAGACACAUUGUUUUAUUUCCCCAUUGAUUCAGUCCACAACAAAGUGUGUAUCAAAGUGCAUUAAUUAGCAGAGGUUUACUGUCAGACUCAAAAUCCUGGAUGGAUAUUACUUACUUAUUAUUACUCAGAACUAAGAGUUACUGUUUCUACCCUCAGUUAUUUCUCUUCUUCUGCCCUAAUAUAAUAACAGCAUGAAGUCACCCUCGACUCAGAGUAAAACCUCUGCAUGUCUCUCUCCCGUGCAUGGAAGUCCUUAAAAAUUGGUAUGGUAUUGUGAAUAAGAAAAAAAUAUGGAAAGUAAAAAAUAGAGAAAUAAAUUAAAUAUAAUAUUUAAUAUUCUAAUUACUGCCACCAUACAUUUAGACUUGCACUAUAGCUCUCUGCUUCUAUUAGCGACAAAGUUAGAGAUCCAGAUAUUUCCCUCUGGGGUUGGAUGGUGUGAUGACCCCUCCCACUCUGGUUGGUCUGUGUAUUUUUCCCUUAUUCCUUUUUAGGAGACAGAGUGGCAGGGGUGUGGCUAUAAGAUGAGCUACACCUGAUUCCUCCCCGAUUACAAGGCUUUAAAGUGGCUUGAUCCGUUAGUUGUCUCUCUUUCCUUCCAGCCAGCAGGUCCUGGGUUUGUUGCUACCUUUGGUUUGAUAAAUCCCAUUCCCUUUACAUGCACAACUCUGCCCAUAUCCACACAUACACUCACUGCACUACUGACAACCCUGAUGUACAUAUAUCUUUUAUACUUUGUUUAGUGUGAAUAUUGGUUAAUUAACUUUAUUUUGCCUUAAACACUUUAAUUAUCUGUGUGGUCUCCCUUGUUUUGUAUGAACUGUGAGCAGGUUCAUGACAAUAGGGGGCCUGUCAAAACUGAAUAGUUUAAUAAUUUAAUUUUGACUUUCCUGGUGUUUAACAUUUGGAAAUGUUUGUUUUUGUGCCAUUUGUAAUUGUGAUAUUACUUCACCUAGGUAAAUUAUUGUGGGAGAUGCACACAGAUUUUUUGAGUUUUGGUUUUGGAAGAUGGGGAGCUUUGUUAGUCUCUAGUAGCUAAUUUUUGUGGCAGUGUGGGUUCUUACUUAAUGGCUUUAAUAUUUUUUGGAGUUCUUUUCCCCUGUUAGGUUUCAGACAGCGGGUUUUGUUUAGGGAAUCUGUUGUUUUUUUUGGUUUGUUUUUUGUAGUGUGGUGGUGAACGUGGGUAGAGCAUUGCUCGGGAACACCUCAGUGGAUUCUGGGAGGGUCGCUGGUUAACCAGUUGCUUUCCCACCCCACUGAUUUAGAGUGUAUAAGUACCCCCUGCAAUUAACCACUCGAAGACUAGGGUUGAGUUAGAUAGAUUUGGGUGAGAUAGAUGGGGGGGAUUGGACUCCAGGUUUGUGCCAUUUGGGGUUUAAACCUGCACUGUUUGUCUUCUACUUAGAGGUAACUGCUUUUGAAUGCUCAGGGACGUGCUGACGUGCAACAGUAAGCGUACUGUGUAAUUUCCAGUUACUGACUGCUCCAGUGUACAGUGUUGGCUGAUGUAGCUUUGUCCAGUGAACGCUGAAAAAGUCACUAUUUUACUCAUGUGUCUUACUCAGUGAAUUAGAAGCACGCUACAGCACCGCAGAGAAAUCUUUAGCCACGAUAGUUAGCCAGCCCCAGUAGUCGGUGCGAGCUGACCCAGUGUAGCUUCUGCUAGCCCCCCAGUGGGUCCCGAGUAGCCCGGAAGCCAGGGAGGCAGGGUGACUGUCGGAAAGAGGCCUAGCCCCAAACAGCAGAAGCCCACAGUUCACCAGCAACAGGUUCAUGUGUUCAAUAGAUAUUCCCCACGAAGCGACACACCUGCUGGAAAAACAAACUCUGGUUAUUGGCAGCUCAACAGUUAGGACCGUGAAUUUAGCGACACCAGCAACCAUAGUUAAAUGUAUCCCUGGGGCCAGAGCAGGCGGUAUUGAAUCAUAUUUAAAACUGCUGGCUAAGGACAAAUGUAAAUAUAGUAAAAUGGUUAUUCAUGUUGGUGGUAAUGUAUGUGGUGUAAAUAUGCUAAAACAAUGUCAGACUCCGUAGUUUUCUCUGGUCCCCUCCCCAAUCUGACCAGUGACAUGUAAAACCGCAUUGUUUUCUGGACACCACCUCGACAGCCAGAAAACGAUGUGGGCUUCAUUGAUAACUGGCAGACCUUCUGGGGAAAACCUGGUCUCAUUAGGAGAGACGGCAUCCAUCCCACUUUGGAUGGAGCAGCUCUUAUCUAGAAAUAUAACGGUUUCUUUCUAAAACCUGACAAUCCAGAGUUGGGACCAGGAAGCAGAGCUGCUGUCUUACGCACUUCUCUGCACUUCCAUUAGAACAGUCACCCAAAACCCCGGAGACUGUCUGUCCCUGAGCACCUGAAUUAUUUGAAGAAAUAAAAACAAGAGGAAUUAAACAUAAAAACCUUAUAAAAAUCUAAACAAAUUCCUCAGUAGCACAAAAUAAAAGAAUGAAACAUGGACUAUUAAACAUCAGGCCUCUGUCAUCUAAAGCAGUUCUAGUUAAUGAAUUAAUAUUAGAUUCUAAUAUAGAUUUACUUUCUUACUGAGACCUGGCUGUUUGUUAUAUUGUACUGCGCUCCUGGCCCGUACUCUGAUUUUCUGUCUGAAUUCUCAGUUUUUAUCAAGUUUAGUCCUUUAAAUCAGUAAUUAUUGUAGGUGAUUGUAAUUUUCAUGUGAAUGUUGACAAUAACAGCCUUAGUAAUGCAUUUAUUUCAUUAAUGGACUCAAUUGGCUUCUGUCGGAGUGUAAAUAAACCCACCCAUCGUUUUAAUCACUCUUGACCUUGUUCUAUCAUAUGGCAUUGAUAUUGAACAUUUAAUAGUCUUUCCCCAAAGUCCUUUUCUACCUGACCAUUAUUUAAUAACUUUUGAAUUCCUAAUACUAGAUUAUAAGCAAUUAGGCAAAACUUCCUACAGCAGAUGUCUAUCUGACAGUGCUGUAGCUAAAUUUAAGGAGGAGAUUCCAUCAGUGUUUAAUUCAAGGGCAUGUCUGAAUAUAACAGUCCUAUAAUACGCUUAGUCCCUCCCAAAUUGAUAAUCUUGUUAAUAGUGCUGCAGGCAGGCUCUCUGCAAACAACACUAAAUACUAUUGCCCCUAUAAAAAGAAAAUAUUAAGACAUAAGAGUCUAGCACCAUGGUACCACCAAUUAAAGCAAAGUGCAGAAAUCUGAGAGGAAAUUGUGUUUUGCCAAAUUAUUAGAAUAUCGCUCAAUUUGGCAAGAUAGUCUUAAAAAGGACGAAGAAAAUAAGAACAACCCCAGGUUCCUAUUCAGCACUGUAGCCAGACUGACAGUCACAGCUCCAUUGAGCCAUGUAUCCCCAUAACCUUAAGUAGCAGCGACUUUAUGAGCUUCUAUAAUAAAAUUAUUACUUUAGAGACAAAAUUAAUAACCAAAUGCCCUCAACAGGUAUUGCUGUCAAAGUUCAGGACUUUUAACUAAUUUAAAAUCAGAUAUAUUUAGACUGUUUUUCUGCUAUCGAUCUUCAUCAACCAACGUCAAUAAUUUCUACAUCGAAGCCAUCAACCUGUCUUUUAGAGCCCAUCCCAACUAGGCUGUUUAAAGAAGUCUUGCCCUUAAUUGGCACUACUUUACUGGAUAUGAUCUCUUUAUUGUCAGGAUAUGUACCACAAUAUGUACCAAUUCUAUUCACUUUAUACAUGCUUCCCAUGGGCAACAUUAUUAGGAAUCACCCCAUUAACGUUCACUGUUAUGCAGAUGAUACCCAGUUAUAUCUGUCGAUCAAGCCCGAUGAAAUUAAUCAGUUAUAUAAGUUACAAAACAUGUCUUAAGGACAUUUUCUGAUGCUAAACUAAAAAACUGAAGUUCUUGUACUUGGCCCCAAACACCUGAGACUCACUGUCUAAAGAUAUAGCUCUCUCUUUGAUGAUUUGACCACAAUGGAAAUACUUCAUUCAUCUGACAUUUUGUAGUUUGUGCUGUAAUUUCUUCAUUUUCAUCAUGUUGACUAAAGUAAAUUACAUUGGAAAAUUCAACACUGCCAACAGGCUAAAAGUUCAUGUUUUGGCAAAAGCUUUAUGUACAGAUUACUUGCAAAACAGGUCAGACAGCUGCUUUCACAUCUACAUUUACACAGAAGCUGUGGUCAAACUCUCUACAAAGUGACGUAUUUGAGAUUUAUUUCAAUCUCAUCCUUUUGCUAAUUCAUAAUACAGUUAAGUAUAAUUUAACUUAAAUUGACUGCAUUUCUCUGGUUACUUUUUACUUUGCCCAUGUUUUCCACCUGAUUUGGUCAUGUGAUUGUAUUUGUUUCCUUAUUGGUAACAAAUGAAACAAUUCUCCAUUCAGAGUUCGAACCACGAAGAUCUACUCUGACAUGCAGCGCUCUGCUCUCAUAAUCCUGACGCUCAACAGCUUCUGUGCUUUGUCACAAAUUCCCCAUGAGGUUCUCUAUUUUGUGGGCUGCUUUAUAAAUGGCACAACUGAGGUCCAGUUUGAGUUUGAUAAUGAGGAGAUUUUACAUGUGGAUUUACAAAAAGAGGACAUUGAAUACACUGUGCCCAGACUUAUUGAUCUGGAUCAAAGUCACAUUUUUGAGGGUUUCAGCGUAUUAAGUGAAGCUUUCAGUAGCAAGGAUAUCUGUUUAACACUUAAUAAAGGAGUUGCAAGUGAAUUUAAAAAUCCACCAGAAGAAAAAGAAGAAUUUGAGCCGGGAGUUGAAAAUGGCCUCACCUGUUUUGUGAAUCAUUUCUACCCACCUGAUAUUAAAGUCAGCUGGACUAAAAAUGGUCGUCCGGUGUCAGAAGGGGUGUCACUCAGCUGUUAUUAUCCCAAUAAUGAUCAAACCUUCUACCAGUUCUCAACCCUGACGUUCACACCGAUGGAGGGCGACAUGUACAGCUGCACUGUGGAGCACUCAGCCCUGGACAGCCCUAAGACAAGGAUCUGGGCUUCCUCCACAGAACCUGAAGUGACUCCUCCCGGUCUUGGACCAGAUAUUUUCUGUGGAGUGGGUCUGACUGUGGGCUUGUUGGGAGUUGCAGUUGGAGUAUUUUUCAUUGCCAAAGGACACCAUGGAUAAUAUGAAUAUAGGAAUACUGUUAACAUUGCAAAUGAACACUGUCAGCAGGUUAGAAUAUUAAGGAAAAAAGGAGUUCAUGAAAUUCAACUGGCCAUUAGAAAUGGAAAAAUACAACAUAUCUUAACAAAACACUUCAUGGAGAGAAGCUGUGGGUCAACACCUGCAACUAAAGGAUUUGCACACUUUAAGGUCUGAAUGAGCAUUAGAAAUAACAUCUUUAUCAUACCAUUGUUUGUAUCUGCUUGCAUCUACUCUGCCUCUCUGAUAUAUGGCACCAUAUUAACUAGCAGUAUACAGUAGAAGGACAGCUUCUGGGUAAUCACACUGUAACUGAUUGCCAUGUGACACACUGUAUGUUUGAUUCUGUCUGUUUGACACUUGUAUAUCUGCUUAAAUGUGCUUUGUAUUCCUAUAUUAUUCAUGGAAACUGUAAGUACAUGCCACAGAAUAUCUGUUACUACUGCAUUUAGUUGAGUAAACUUGUAAAAAGUGCAUUAUAAAACCUUGUUUGUUCUUAACACAACUUUAUAAAUAAAUCAAUGGAGAUAAAUGUUUA